AUGAGCGCGGCGAUUGGGAAUGCGGCGGUUGGGAAUGCGGCGGCCGUAGUUCGAUCGACGGCCGUAGUGGAGCCGGCCCGCACGGGCAGCUCGGCGGCGACCGGCGGGAAGGAGGUGCCGAAGGUCCUGGUGGACCCGCGGACCCGGCGUAGCUUUGUGCGCGGGAGGUUUCUGGGGAAGGGCGGCUUCGCCCGGUGUUACGAACUGACAGAGGCAGAGAGUCAAGAGGUGUUCGCGGGCAAGGUGGUGCCCAAGUCGCUGCUGGUGAAGCCGCACCAGAAGGAGAAAAUGUCCAUGGAGAUCGCCAUCCACCGCAGCCUGGCCCACCGCCACGUCGUCGGCUUCCACGGUUUCUUCGAGGACUCCAACUUCGUCUACGUGGUGCUGGAACUCUGCCGCCGCAGGUCGCUGCUGGAGCUGCACAAGCGGCGGAAGGUGUUGAGCGAGCCCGAAGUGCGGUACUACCUGCGGCAAACCAUCCUGGGCUGCCAGUACCUGCACAGCAGCCGCGUCAUCCACCGCGACCUCAAGCUGGGCAACCUCUUCCUCAGCGAUGACAUGGAAGUCAAGAUCGGUGACUUUGGCCUGGCCACCAAAGUGGAGUAUGAUGGUGAGCGCAAGAAGACCCUGUGUGGGACUCCCAACUACAUUGCCCCGGAGGUGCUGGGCAAGAAGGGGCACAGCUUUGAGGUGGACAUCUGGUCCAUUGGCUGCAUCAUGUACACUCUGCUGGUGGGAAAACCACCCUUUGAAACCUCCUGCCUGAAGGAGACAUACAUCCGCAUCAAGAAGAACGACUACACGAUCCCCAAGCACAUCAACCCUGUAGCUGCUAACCUCAUCCAGAAGAUGCUGAGGUCUGACCCUGCCACACGCCCGACCAUCGAUGAGCUGCUGAGUGACGAGUUCUUCACGUCGGGCUACAUCCCCACCCGCCUGCCCACCAGCUGCCUCACCAUGGCACCCAGGUUCUCCCUUGCUCCCAGUGGGCUGGAGCUGAAUGGGAGGAAGCCACUGACUGCUCUCAACAAAGGACCAGACAGCCCUGCACUAGAGCACCUGCCUGAGAAGGAGGAUGCAAUGGGGCUGCAGGAGCUGGGCGAUGCUGUGAACUGUCACUUGGCAGACAUGUUGCAGCAGCUGACUGCACUCAACUCAGCCAAGCCUUCUGAGAGAGCCAUAGUGAGGCAAGAAGAAGCUGAAGACCCAGCCUGCAUUCCCAUCUUCUGGGUUAGCAAAUGGGUGGACUAUUCAGAUAAAUAUGGACUAGGUUACCAGCUGUGUGACAACAGUGUGGGAGUUCUCUUCAAUGACUCCACUCGUCUCAUCAUGUACAACGAUGGGGACAGCUUGCAGUACAUCGAGCAGAACAGCACCGAGUCCUACUUCACUGUCAGAUCCUACCCCCCUGCCCUCAACAAGAAGAUCACACUACUCAAGUACUUCCGCAACUACAUGAGCGAGCACCUGCUGAAGGCAGGCGCCAACAUCACGCCGCGGGAAGGGGACGAGCUGGCGCGGCUGCCCUACCUCUGCACCUGGUUCCGCACCCGCAGCGCCAUCAUCCUGCACCUCAGCAACGGCACCGUGCAGAUCAACUUCUUCCAGGACCACACCAAAGUCAUCCUGUGCCCUCUGAUGGCUGCUGUCACCUACAUAGACGAGAAGCGAGACUUCCGCACGUACAAGCUGAGCCUGAUGGAGGAGCAUGGCUGCUGCAAGGACCUGGCCACGCGCCUGCGCUACGCCCGCACCAUGGUGGAGAAGCUCCUGGCUUCCAAGUCUGGCCCCAUCCGCGUCAAGCCCACUGCUUAG